UCCAGCUCUAGGGUUUGUACGUGUGUCGUGUGUGAUUUCGUGUUCCUGGGGAGAAUGCGCGGCGGAGGAGGAAUGGCCGGCUGCUACAUUGCAUUGUGAGCGCCAAGAUCGAGCAGAGCAGUAGCAGCGCCAGUGGCGGAGCAGUGGGAUGGUCUCGGAGAGGAAGAAAAUGCCUCAUCACGGAGAUCCCAGCAGCAGUUCUUGGCGCGUUGCUGGCCACAAGCGCGAGCGCGACAAUUCUGAUUCUAGUGAAGGAGGACAACACACUUAUGUGAAACUCUUUGUGGGCUCUGUUCCCAGGACAAUUACUGAACAACAAGUAAGAUCAAUGUUCGAGGAAUAUGGAGAAGUUCUUGAGGUUGCGAUUAUAAAGGAUAGGAGAACGGGGCACCAACAAGCAAGAAAACGUUGUUGUUUCGUCAAGUACUCCUCGAGGGACGAAGCUGACCGAGCUAUACGUUGCUUAAACAACCAGCGGACUUUACCAGGAGGAGCUUCGCCUGUACAAGUUAGAUACGCAGAUGGUGAAAGAGAGCGCUUAGCAGGGGCAAUAGAGCAUAAAUUGUUUGUAGGAUGCUUAAACAAGCACGCUAGUGAGAGAGAAAUUGAAGAGGUUUUUAGUCCGUACGGAAGAGUUGACGAUAUAUACGUCAUGAGAGACGAGCACAAACAAAGCAGAGGUUGUGCUUUCAUAAAGUACCCGUCAAGGGACAUGGCACAAGCAGCCAUUGCUGCUCUUAACGAUGUGUACAUUAUGCGCGGUUGUGAUCAGCCUUUGGCUGUGAGAUUUGCUGACCCAAAACGGCCUAAAACUGGUGACUCGAGGAACAGUUUUAGUCCCCGCCAUCACGGAUCCGGCUCUAACAACAGAUCUAGUGGCCACAGUGGACGUGCUUCUCCAGUUAGCUGGAGGCAAGCAAAUGCAUUGAGUUUGCGGCAACUGCAUCAAACUGGACAACCUCCAUUUCCUCCAGCAGUAAUUCCCUGUCUAAGCCCUUCACAAACAGCAUCUCCUAACCACUCGCAAGGCCCAUACAUUGUACAGGCUCAACGGCAUCAUGCAGCUGGACUUCCGACCGAGGAGAUUAUCCAAACGGCAUUGCAGCGUGCUGGACAAAAUUUUGCUGGACAACAAGCUGUGCAUCAGUAUGUGCAACUACUCCAGCAGCAGCAGCAGCAGCAGCAGCAGCAGCUUCAUCUCCAACCUCAGCAGUUUAAUCCACAACCAUCGCAACAAUCACAAUUUUUACAGCUGACGCAACCCCUGGCAUCCAUAAACCAACCGUCACUCAUUUUACACAACCAUCAAGCUCUUCACUUGCAAAAUAUUCCGCAGCAACAACAGCAUCCACCGGUGUUCCAGCCAGGGAGCAUUGCACAACAGCCGCCUUCUUGGUUGUUGUCGGCGCCUACACAGCUUGUGCAAUCUUUGCUUCCAACUCCGGCAUUGCCUCCUGCUGUAGUAGCGCCAGCUACAUCUAACUGGACGGAACACGUCUCGCCAGAUGGAUAUAAAUACUAUUACAACAGUAUCACAUCCGAAAGCAAGUGGGAAAGGCCGGACGAGCUUGAGCAACAAGUUGCUCCAACGCUGCCGCCAGCCUCUGUUGACGCGAACAUCCCUCAGUUCCAGCCAUCAAAUGCUUACUUGGAACAGCUAAGACACCAGAUCUGGAUAUGAACUAACAGGAGCCUGAUUUACAGAUAUACCAACUUGAGCGAAAGGGAGAUUUAUGGCCGUGCUGCUAAGCUUGGAACAAACGUGUAGCUGGCGCGAAUGGUGGCCGGACAGCCUUUGGACCAGUCGAGGUUAGCAUAGAAUGCCAGUUCCUGUUCCGAAAGGCCCAAUUCCCAUUGCUCGUCGAUCAGAUGAAACGCAAGUGGAGGCCAAGUGCAGCUGGAGAGCACUAUCACGUCGCCUGCUAGAUGUGCCACCCAGUGAUCACACGCCAUCCUUCCCCGACUAUAUCCCGCACACGACCCUUGGACAAGGGGAGCCAACGUUUUUGCUCGUCGUCCUCCAGCACACUGAGUGCAACGUGAAGGUCGUCAUGGAUCGUUCCCACCAGGAUCCUCCGGCCGCGGUACAAAAAUCCCCAGAUAGGCCAAUUCUUGCAAGUCUCGUCAUCGAUCUCACGAAUGCUGGGAUUCUCUUCUGUGAACUCAGUCGUCCAUUUGAGUGUAUCCAGGUUGUAGAAACCAUCGUCACCGUUACCUCGGUUGUAGCCAGGGUUGCACUCUAUCAGAUCACUUGUUAUGACGUC